GAACACCGAAUCGGUCCAGUGAUGGACGUGACGGUGAUCUCAGGGAAACUGGAGGAAGUUCAUCUGCCCCAUUACGCCUGUUUAGGAGAGUCUGACGCCGGUUUCACACUGCACGCGGUAAGCGGAAGCAGGACACGCGCGUUUUGCUUGGAUUCUGGGAAUGGGCGGUGUUUAUCGUUGAUAUCUGAGCCCUCUGCGCAUCCGCAUUCACAGAAACGGAAAGUAACGGAACGUGAAGAAGAUCAUUAGGAAAGUCUUGAAACAGACAUCACGUGUUUCCAGGUGCAGAUCUGAAGUCAGUUUCUCAUUAUGGGGAACACAGAGAGCAGAGAGAGAUCUUCAUCUCCAGAUCCCAGCGGUGUGUCUCUGAAGACUGACACAUCCAUGGAGAAGCCUCCUAAACUCAGUGAUGAAGCAGUGACCUCUGACCCCAGUGAUAAAGCACUGACUUCUGACCCCAGUGAUGAAGCAGUGACAUCUGACCCCAGUGAUGAAGUGGUGACCUCUGACCCCAGUGACGAAGCGGUGACCUCUGACCCCAGUGACAAACCAGUGACCUCUGACCCCAUUGAUGAACCAGUGACCUCUGACCCCAGUGACAAAGCGGUGACCUCUGACCCCAGUGAUGAAGCGGUAACCUCUGACCCCAGUGAUGAACCAGUGACCUCUGACCUCAGAGAUCAUCAGACUGGAGAUCAGGAUUCUCCUCAGCCAGUGAAUGAGGAACUACAGAGAGUCAAACACAGACACAAAACCAGCAUGAAGAUCAAGUAUGAGAGAAUAUUUGAGGGACUGAAUCUCCAAGAGAAUGAAACCCCCCUGAACAGGAUCUACAUCAUAAAGGGAGAGAGAGGAGGAGUGAAUGGAGAACAUGAGGUUUUACAGAUGGAGAAAUCAGCCCGAACACAACACUUACAAGACACUCCAGUCCACUGCAAUGGCAUCUUUAAAGCCUCUCCUGAACCAGGACACCAGGAGAAAGACCAAAUCAAGACUGUUCUUACUAAAGGCAUCGCUGGAAUCGGGAAAACCGUCUCUGUGCAGAAGUUCAUUCUGGACUGGGCCGAGGGGAAAGACCAUCAGGAUGUAGAUUUCAUGUUUGUGCUUCCAUUUCGAGAGCUGAACUUGAUCCGAGAUCAUCAGUACAGUCUUCACACACUUCUGCUGGACUUUCAUCCUGAACUUCAAGAUCUGGACUCAAAGAUGUAUGAGGAGUGUAGAGUUGUGUUCAUCUUUGAUGGUCUGGAUGAAAGCAGAAUCACACUGAUGUUUUCAGACGCUCAGAAAGUUUCUGAUGUGACUGAGACUUCAUCAGUGGGUGUGUUGAUGUCAAACCUCAUGAAAGGAGAUCUGCUUCCCUCGGCUCUCAUCUGGAUCACCUCCAGACCAGCGACAGCCAAUCAGAUCCCCUCCAAAUACAUCAACCGUCUGACAGAGAUUCAGGGAUUCAAUGAUCCUCAGAAGGAGGAAUAUUUCAGGAAGAGAAUCAGUGAUGAGCAUCAAGCCAGCAGAAUCAUCUCACAUAUCAAAACAGCAAGAAGCCUCCACAUCAUGUGCCACAUACCCGUCUUCUGCUGGAUCUCCUCCACUGUGCUUCAGAAGCUCCUGGAAGAAGGUCUGAGUGCAGAAAUCCCUCAAACUCUGACUGAAAUGUACAUCCACUUCCUGAUGAUUCAGAUCCACAUGAGGAAUCAGAAGUAUGAAGAGAGAGAUCCAGAGAAACUCCUGCAGUCCAACAGAGAAGUGAUCGUGAAACUUGCUGAAGUGGCUUUCCAUCAGCUGAUGAAGGGCAAUGUGAUGUUCUACGAGGAGGACCUGAUUGAGAGCGGCAUAGACGUCACUGACGCCUCAGUGCAUUCUGGGAUCUUUAAGGAGGAAUCUGUGAUUCAUCAGAGGAAAGUGUACAGCUUCAUUCAUCUUAGCUUUCAGGAGUUUCUCGCUGCUUUCUAUGUGUUUUACUGCUAUUUAAUGAAGAACAAUGGACCACUGCAGCUUCUGAACGCAAAAUAUAAACAUAACCUUAUGGCUGGCCGUUAUUAUGUACAUUGGCCGCACACACCUGAUGAAGACCCUCUGUAUAAUCUACUAACAUUAGCAGUUAAUAUAGUCAUCAGGAGAGAGAAUGCAUGGCUGGAUCUGUUCCUGCAGUUUCUGCUGGGCGUCUCACUGGAGUCCAAUCAGAGACUCUUACAGGAUCUACUGACACACACUGAGAACAGCUCAGAGGUCAUCAGGAGAACCACACAGCAGAUUAAAGACAUGAUCAAUACUUUAGGUCUUCAUCUCGCAGAUGAUCAGUCCAUCAAUCUGUUCUUCUGUCUGCUGGAAUUGAAAGAUCAGACUCUGUCCAGAGAGAUUCAGGAGUUUGUGAAAUCAGGCAAACACUCAACUAAGAUUCUCUCAUAUUCUCAUUGGGCAAUAAUGUCCUACAUGAUUCAGAUCUCAGAGGAGCCGCUGGAUGAGCUGAACCUCAUGAAAUACCUCAUGUCAGCUGACUGUAAAAGAAGACUGAUGCCAGCUGUGGUCAACUGCAGGAGAGCCAUUCUUGUUGGCUCUGAUCUCACUGAUCAGGAUUAUGAAAUUGUGUCAUCAACUCUACAAUCCUCAAUUUGUGUCCUGAGAGAGCUCGACCUGAGUAACAAUCCGCUGCAGGAUUCAGGAGUGAAGAUUAUUUCUGAUGGACUGAGAAGCCCAAACUGUCAGCUGCAGAUACUGAGGUUGUCUGGCUGUAUGGUGACAGAGGAAGGCUGUGGUUAUGUGUCUUCAGCUCUGAGUUCAAACCCCUCACACCUGAGAGAGCUGGAUCUGAGUAACAAUGAACUGCGGGAUUCAGGAGUGAAGAUCCUUUCUGAAGGACUGAAGAGGCCAAACUGUCAGCUGCACAUGCUAAAGUUGUCUCUCUGUAUGGUGACAGAGGAAGGCUGUGGUUAUAUGUCUUCAGCUCUGAGUUCAAACCCAUCAUGCCUGAGAGACCUGGAUCUGAGUAACAACGACCUGAGGGAUUCAGGAGUGAAGAUCCUUUCUGAAGGACUGAAGAGGCCAAACUGUCAGCUGCAGAUUCUAAGGUUGUCUGGCUGUAUGGUGACAGAGGAAGGCUGUGGUUAUGUGUCUUCAGCUCUGAGUUCAAACCCCUCACACCUGAGAGAGCUGGAUCUGAGCUACAAUCACCCAGGAGAUUCAGGAGUUAAGCUGCUCUCUGAGAAAUUGAAGGAUCCAAACUGCUCACUUCAGAUACUCAAUGUGGAUCAUUGUGGAGAGUUCAGGAUUACAGCAGGAUUACACAAAUAUGCCUGUGAUCUCACACUGGAUCCAAACACAGCACACACUGAACUCAUUCUGUCUGAGGAGAACAGGACAGUGACACGUGUGAAAGAGCGUCAGUCCUAUCCUGAUCAUCCAGAGAGAUUUGAUGAUGAUCAUCAGGUUGUGUGUCGAGAGAGUCUGACUGGACGCUGUUACUGGGAGGCUGAAUGGACCGAACCUGUUGGACUAUCAAUGUCAUAUAAAGGAAUCUGCAGGAAAGCAGGGAGUGGAAGUUGUGCGUUUGGAUACAAUGAUAAAUCCUGGAGUCUGAUCUGCAAUGAAGACGGAUUCAUUGUCCGUCACAAUCAUAAGAACAACGUUUACCGUAUUCCUGUCGUCCCUUCACCCUCUAAGAGAGCAGGAGUGUAUGUGGACGCGUCGGCCGGCACUCUGUCCUUCUACAGCGUCUCUGACACACACACACUCACACACAUUCAUACAUUUAACAACACAUUCACUGAACCCCUCUAUGCUGGAUUUAGGGUUUAUGAUUUUAACAACUCAGUGUCUCUGUGUGACAUUAAACAGCGUCCUGAGAGAAACAACAGUGACCCACACACACAACCGGGUGAGUGAAAAAUACUGUCUUAGGGGCCGUACACACUGGGAUGAAUAUCGGCGCGCGUUAAUCGCCAGCGUUUUUUAACGCGUUCUUUGUGUUCACACCCAAGCGAUUUUCAUUGACGAUGAGCCGAGUGAACAUGCAAAUUCAUUCCCUGACAUUAGAUGGUGCUUAAUGUAAAACAGAAAUACCCCAGUCCACAAAGUGGUGCACUUGCUUGUCACUCAGAAGAAGAGAGCAAGUUUGUCACGUUUGUCUUAUAGUUCUUUAUGUUCCGACACCAGCGAGACAGCAGCUCUACAUUCAUCUUGCCUUGCAUCUUCCUCAUCUUAUUUCUUCUCGGUAGUGUAGAUGCCACUUGAGUUAUAUCUUCUUCGCCAUUACGUAUGUGUGCUCGGCAGGACCGUUUUGUGUUUGAGCGCCCCCAAGUUGUGUUUUACUGUAACUUCAGAAG